AUUAAAGCACAUUAAAAUCCGACUGUGCACAUUAAAGAGACAUUUAAAAAAAUAUGUAAAGUAAUCCAAUAGUCUUUGAUUUCUUCAGACGAUUCAGUAGCGUAAACAAAUGUUCCAACCGCAACACUUGCGCCUGUCCAACUAAUUAGCACAGCUCAACAUGCRAAGAGAAAUAGGGGGGUUAAUGUAAGAUUUUAGUUUUGUUUAUAACGAUUUUUACYUUAUUACAAUCAGCGAGUAUGUUUCCUUGGUUAUUAUCAAUGCGAUAAAUUACACACCAUAUCUCAAAUAGUUCCUAUAGUGGCCAUAAAGCGUCCAGCAUUAGRAUAAAAAUCACAACGCACCCCCAUAAAUGAUCCCAGAUGGUACGGUCCGUUCGUUGGAGCUUCAGGGUGGUUUUCAGACUCUUCUUGCGACACGAUCACGGUGAGGAUGGAUGUUGAUACGUGGGCGUCCUAACUUCUGUCGUGGUUUUAUUUAGGUYUUAAAAGUAGUUCAAAAGUCACUUAAACCUACCUACAACAGAAAACAAACCCCCCCCCGCUGGUGUUUGUGUAUGUUUAUUGAGGGCAGCAAGGAUUCCUGAUGCUUAAGAGACCUUGCAGAGUGCAGAGACAGGUGAUGCUGUUUUUCUUGGCCAGCAGUGAGCUCCGAAAUACGGAUUAAASUCGUCUUGGAAAGGAAUUAAAGCAAUACAGAUGGCUGCUCUCAUGUGACGCCAGAUGCAGCAUGGGUGAUGUUGGCUUGAACACAUAAAAAAAAGGCGAAGGACAGAAGAAGCAAUUGAAAAGGAAAAAAAAAGUGCGAAGCAGUUUGCGGCGCAUACAACACGAGUGACGGACUUUUAGAGACACCAUGUCCACGUCUGCCAAGCAGGAGCAAACCAUUUGUGUUCUCCUUCCCAACAAAAACCAGUUGGAUAUCACUGUUGGGUUAAAAACUACAGGACAGGAUGUGUUUAAUCAUAUUUUGGAACUUCUCGAWAUCCAGGAGCUACGCUUCUUCGGCCUCACAGUGGUGAAAGACAAUGAGCACAUAUUUAUAGACAUGGAGGAGAAACUCACUAAGUACUUUUCUAAGGAUUUGAGGCCCGAUUCAGGAAAGGGAUCACUGAGGAGACCCAUUCCACUGCUACUCUUCCUCAAAGUGCAGUAUUAUGUUGAAAAUGGGAGACUUUUUUGUAAGCGAAAGGAACGACAUUUAUACUACUGCGACCUGCGGGAGCGAGUUCUACGCUCCGAGUGUCGUCAGCAGGAGGAAGUGUAUUUCCAGCUGGCAGGUUAUGCUCUCCAGGCUGACCUCGGCGAUCAACCGUUGCAACGGGAGGGUACAGAGGUCACCCCUUACUUUGAACCCAAGGAUUACUUUCCCCCCUGGAUUAUAGCUAAGCGUGGAGUGAGCUAUCUCCUCUGCCAUGGGCCCAAGGUGCACCAGGAGCUGUGGGGGAUGUCAAGUCGUGAUGCCAUCUUUGCCUUCAUCCGAGACUCGUGUCAACUGGAGGAUGUGCCCGUUACAUUUUACAGAUUGCAAAAGGACAAAAAGGAGGAGAAAGGAACGGCGUUGCUCGGUCUGACCCUGCGAGGAAUGCAGGUUUAUCAGGAGGUGAACAACAAGCGACAGCUGCUAUACGACUUCCCCUGGUCACAUGUUGGACGUCUAACUUUCCUGGGUAAGAAAUUCGAGAUCCAGCCAGAUGGCUUGCCGUCAGCCAGGAAGUUGGUGUACUACACCGGCUCUUCGUUCCGCUCUCGUCACCUCCUCCUGCACCUGAGCAUCAGCCACCAGACUUACCUGAGCCUCCAGCCCGCCCUGAGACACCUGCGUCAGUUGGAGGCAAGCAAAGAGAAAAAGUGUUACAGAGAGUCGUACAUCAGUGACGACCUGGAUAUGGACCCACCCGGCAGCGAAAGCAGCCCCGGCCUGUCGCGGCGCUCCACCGGCAGCUCGGGCAUCGAAGCAGACGCCCGUCAGCACAGCAUCUACACAGAGGCCACCUCCAUGGAGGGUGAGGGUCAGCAUCAGGGAGAGAAGUGUUUGAGCCCAGCGACCAGCCACAGCAGCUCCUGCACUUUCGAGUCUUACACGUGCGGUAAGGCUGGAACAGAAGCUCAGCCAUGGCAAAGAAAAGAAAAAGCUCGUGUUGGAGGUCCAGAGGGUGUUCUUGAUCCUGAUGGGAUGUUCCAGUUGGCUGAUCUUCUCGAGGGAGUGUCGGUGGAUUGUCCAGAUUUCUCAUCAGAACCUCAGUCACCAGUAGAUAAUGGGUGUCCUACAGAUGGUGAUCCUAGGCUGUUAUCGAGCAACAAAAUGAUAAAACAGAUGCUGAAAUCCAGAGGUCAGGUUCGUAUGGAUCGGCACAGCCACAGCCUAGAUGAUGUUUGUGUUUCCCCACCUCCUGCACCRCUCAGGAUGGCACUGCUGCCAGAUUCCUCUGUCAGCUGCACCUUCGGGCUCCCAGACGUUACGCCAAACGCACCGACUUCUCUUGAUCACAGUUAUUACCCCGUUCUGGACUGCAGGUCCAAACCUUCCUUUUAUGGCCGCAGGGCUAGCAACUGCCUCUCCCUGGACACAUUAAGUGAUGACCAGAUUCUGGAGUUUAUUCUUUGAGCAUGUUUAAUGCUUAUGAACUGUAUACUGCAUAAAUGAACUUAUAAUUGCUGCUGACCCAUGAAAGACUGUGAUCAUAUGUGGACUUUAUAUUGCAGAAUCACCAUUUAAAACAGACUUUGCAUGCUUCCUUCAAAKGGUGUGGGUUUGAUAYAAAUYUCAUACAAGGACAGUUCAACAAGUAAACAUAUUUAUUAAACUGUAUAUUUUGUGUAUAUGACUUGCACUAUUUUAAUAGCCGACAAACUUCUCAUACAAAAAUAUACCUGUUCAAACUCAGWGUCUUUUAUUAGUCAACCUUAUUCAGAUGUUCUGAAAUGUUUAGUGAGGUACAAGUGUGUAAAAUGUUGACAUUUGAAAUCUGUCUCUGCUGCAUUGGACAUUUGUAAGCUARGGAUCCAUAUUUUUAUAUAUUAAUCAUACUACAAGCAAUAUUUUUUAUAUAUUUAGAAUUUCUAAAGCCCAUUGUACAGAAGAUUGUACUUCAGAAUAUAUGUCGUAACUUUAUUUUUAUUUUUUUGAAAAUCAUUUUUAUAAUGUACUGUUUUGUGAAUUAGCUUGUCAUGUUUUCCAUAUUUAGUCUUUCAUAAUGAUGACAGCUGGCCARGCAUUCAUCCAAAGUUUACUUUUUCUGUACACACCCUCUCGUUUUUAACUACAAAAGUAUUAAUUGUAGAACACUAUUUCGGUAUUCUGCAAGCUGUGGGAUUUUUGUAUUAUGUAACAUGAACAAAAAGCCUUUAUCAUUUUUUUUUCUCCUUCAUUAGACAUUUUUACUAUUUUGAAUUUGGAGUUUUAUAUAAACUGAUGUCCUGUGUGA